AUGUUUAUUCUAUACAUUUCCAGAGAUUUUAGUUUUUCUCUUAUUUUAAAUUUCUCCCUUUCACUCUUUCACACACUUAACCACUUAAUUGAUUUUUCAUUCUUCUUUUCUAUCAUUUUUACUUAUCCUCCUCUACCCAUUCCCUGUCACUCUCUGUUGUCUUUGCUCUCUCUUUCCCUUUAUUACUUUCAUAUUCUCCCUCUUUCUAACUAUCUUUCUCUUUCUCUAUUAUCCUCUUCCCUUUUCUUAGAUUCUCCCUCUCUCUUACCAUCUUUAUCUUUCUCUAUUAUCCUCUUCCCUUUUCUUAGAUUCUCCCUCUCUCUUACCAUCUUUCCCCAUUAUCCUCUUUCCUUUUUCUUAGAUUCUCCCUCUCUCUUACCAUCUUUCUCUAUUAUCCUCUUCCCUUUUCUUAGAUUCUCCUCUUUUCUAACUAUCUUUCUCUUUCUCUAUUAUCCUCUUCCUUUUCUUAGAUUCUCCCUCCCUCUUACCAUCUUUAUCUUUCUCUAUUAUCCCCUUCCUUUUCUUAGAUUCUCCUCUCUCUUACCAUCUUUCUCUAUUAUCCUCUUCCCUUUUCUUAGAUUCUCCCUCUCUCUUACCAUCUUUCUCUAUUAUCCUCUUCCCUUUUCUUAG